AUGGGAGGAAUGUCUGUGGAGGUGAGAUAUAACUAUUGAAAACGCCAUUUGCUAGGCAAUGUAACGAGCCACCAUUCAACCCAGUCAAAAUAAAGUGUUUUUUCAAAUAAAAUGCUCUACACAUAUUGUGUAGCCAGCGCGAUCUUGCCGCUAAAAUUAAAGUGACAGGUGUUAUAACGACCCCCGGGGAACUUUCUUAAAUUUAUACUAUGGAGGUGACCUGCUGAGUCGCGAUCAUUAAGACUCUGGAAUCUAAUAAUCCGGCUCCUAUCUGAAUUUAUUCCAGAAAAGAAAAGAAAAAAAAUAAAUGAAUCUGCGACCCGGCCUGUUCCAGUCAAUAGUUGGGAGACCUGUUUCAGACACUAAGCAAAUAUAAGUAUAUUUAAAAUACACUCCAGGCCCCAGGUGGGGCCUAGGGUUUGGUCGAGUGGACCGCCAAACUUUUCCUCCAACCUCCCUGCCCCCUUUUCGGUGAAAUUUGCAUUAUUUACAGAAUUCUCAGCAAAUUGAAUAGUAUCUUUAUAGCUGUCAAUUGUCGCGGUCCACCCUUCCAGAAUUUUCUGGAUCUUGUAGAGGUAAAAUUAACGCUAAGACCUAUGCCAGAAAGAAACCUCUGCUCGUAGUGGUUACCGCCCCACAACUCCUUUUUUAACGCGCAUUUGCAGCCAAUAACAUUGGUGGCACAGACAAGGACCAUUACUAAUAACUAAAAGGGUAAACAAUCUCACAAAAGCACAUUCCCAAAUGUACCUUCGACUAAUAAUAUUGCGCCAUGAACGUCAUAUUUUUCAAAUUGAGUCACAAUAUACUAGUGAGUAAAGUGGAAGAAAUGAAAAAAAAAUUAACAAACAACCACAAAAAUACAAAGCAAAACAAACCUAAAAACAGAGGAAAAAGAAGGUGUUACUGACGAACUGACUGACCAAAUGAAGCACUUUUUAAUUUAUGUUAUGUUUAUUUUAAGGAACCAGGUCAAAGCGCCUGUUAUCAUGGACGGAAGACUAGGGUGUUCUGUGUUUUGUACCAUGUGGUUUUGACGGUGUUGACUGUAACCAGUAUUGCCUUGUCGAGUUAUGCUGUACUUAAAUCGGGAAAUGGGGCUACCGACGGCAGUCCGCAGAAACCCCACCCAGUUGACGGGAACACAAAUUAUCGAAUGUGGAGCCUUGUUGGCAUGUCAAACGAUGGUUUAAUGGUGCUAAACCCAUCUGGCAGUAAUUUUUAUUGCAACGGUUCUUUCAGUGGCAGCGGCAGUAAGUUUCCUAUUUUUUUAAAUUGAUUUUUCCCUUUUUACGAGGCCUCCUGGAAGUAAUUGUAUUGUAUUAGCUUAUACCGGUUCACAGUCUGCAUUUUUCGCAUCCCAAGUCUCACUUCAUUCGCUCUGUGCUAGGGCUAAGUCCUUUAUAGUCCUUAUAUCAAUACAGCAUGCGUCCGUGAGGUUCAGUUUUUCGUAGAGCCCUCUGACACCCGGAUAAUACGGCCACUAUGGCAUGUCUCCUUUGUGUCCGCGUACUUACCCGGUAUCGCUGCUACUCGGUUCAAGGCUUCCUGACUCUCUUUACUUCUUUUCUACCCUUUUCUUGCUUUAAAAUUUAAAAUAACGUUUGCUCAGUGUGCAGAGAUCUUGAAGUAUCGGACAUCCUUUUAGCUAUGAAGCCUAGACUCUGGCAAAUAAAAAUCCGAAAUUAUCAACAAUAUAAGCAAGCCACACUAAAAUAGUAUCAACGUUCCCUUUCCAGCGUUUGCUUAUAUGAAUAAGUUAUGUUUUGUCCCUUUCAUCAAGGUGGAAAGGACCCCCGAUCCCUUCUCUGCAUCUUAUUUCCUGUUUCGAAUAACUUUAUGUUUUGUUCUGUUGUGUUAA